AUUGCGCAAUUGUGCCCAGCUCCCUCCCCUCCCUCCCCAGCCAUCAAUGCUGCUCAACUCCCGAGGAAACAGAAAGCUGAUUCAUGGAGCCCAGACCCAGCUUCCUCCGUGCUGCUGCUGCUGCCCAUAAGAAGAUCAUGGUGCCGCUGCUGCUUGAGACUUUGUUUUAACCCCCGCUCCUCCUCCCCUUCCCUGCUUCCCCAUCCCUCCUCCCCAGACCCGGAGCUCGCUCUCUCCUGGAAGUGCGAGUCCUGCCCGGGGAGCAGCCGAGCCUGGCGCAAAAAAAAAAAAAGAGGAGGAGAAAAAAAAAAAAGGGGGGGGAAACCUGGAUGCAUCGCUGUGGAGAUUCAUUGUGUGACUUUCCGGGUAUUUACUGAGUUUCAAACCGAGAUGCAGCUCUUGAAAGCUUUAUGGGCAUUAGCAGGAGCAGCGAUCUGCUGUUUUCUUAUAUUUAUCAUCCACUCUCAGUUCCUUAAAGAAGGUCAACUGGCUGCAGGUACAUGUGAGAUUGUUACUUUGGACAGAGAUAGCAGUCAGCCCCGAAGGACUAUAGCCCGACAAACAGCUCGCUGUGCAUGUAAAAAAGGACAGAUUGCCGGUACAACAAGAGCAAGGCCAGCCUGCGUGGAUGAUGCAGUGGCAGUGUACAGCCUGCAAAAAUGCUGAUGUAGAGGAUGCAUGAAAAUAUCUCAUUUUGAAAUCAUUUUCUGAAUCAAGCAAACUGCUGUGUUACAAC